CUUUGUUUGUCCAAGAUAUUAAAGAGAUAUAUCCUUUGAGAACUGAUCAUCUCCCAUUUGUCAAAAUCUUGACAAUUUGAGCUCCCUAAGUAAAGGAAGAUAGAGAAAGGUAGGAAUACUAGUAAGAGACUAAGUGUGUCACCAUCACCAUCAACAAUCUUCAAAGAAAGAACAAGUAAACUACAAGAAAACUUGCAAGCCCACCUCUCCCUUUUUAUCCUUUCACCAUUUUGUUCCCUCAUUUGCAGCUCUCCCUCAUUAUCUCUAUCUUUUCUUCCGAAGUACCAUUUCUCCCUUUUAGGCCCCUCAAAAAUGGGUAACAUUUAUGUUAUCCCCUCUAUCUUUCUAUGAUCUUAUCUCAUUUUUAGGGUGUAGGACAUUAACCCAUUAAGAAAUCUGUAUACUUUUCUUGUUGUAAAUUUUAAGGCUGUCACAAAAAAUAUGUGGAUUCUGCAUGAUGAUGUUGUAGUUUUUAAGGCACCAGAGAAAGAAGGAGAUCCAACUGUUAUUACUGUUAAUUGCCCUGAUAAACUUGGUUUGGCUUGUGAUCUCUGCCGCAUCCUUCUCUUUUUUGGAUUCAUUAUUUCCAGAGUAGAUUUUGCAACAGAUGGAAGAUGGUGUUACAUAGUGUUAUGGGUAAUAGGGAAGCCAGAAACAAAGUGGGGUUUGGUGAAGAAGAGAUUAGUGGGGGCAUGCCCUUCUUGUUAUUCAGCUUCUGGGAUCUCUUAUUAUAGGGAAGAGUUUUUGAAACCACCUAGAUCUCCUGAUGUUUUCUUGGUGAAGUUAUGCUGCCAUGAUCGAAGAGGACUUUUACAUGAUAUCACUGAGGUUUUAUGUGAGCUGGAGCUUAAUAUACAACGAGUGAAGGUAUCCACCACCCCUGAUGGAAGAGUGUUGGAUCUCUUUUUCGUCACCGACACCAGGGAACUUCUGCAUACAAAAAAGAGACAAGAGGAUACCAAAGACCAUCUACGGGAAACUCUGGGGGAUGCCGUGAUCUGCGACAUAGAAAAGGUUGGCCCGGAAGUUACCGCCUGUUCACAGUCAUCUUCAUUUCUUCCUUCUGUGAUAACAGAUGAAACUUUCAACUGCGUGAUACCAGAUAAACACCAUAAUGGAACUAGUCUCACCAACUCGGUGUCCAUCAUGUUGGAUAACUCUCUAAGCCCUUCGCACACUCUAGUUCAAAUUGUUUGCCGGGAUUAUAGAGGUCUUCUUUAUGAUCUAAUGCGAACAUUCAAGGAUUAUAACAUUCAGAUCUCUUAUGGCCGAGGUACCACUAAGCAGAAGAACUGUGAGAUUGAUUUGUUCAUUGUGCAAGCGGAUGGAAAGAAGAUAGUUGACCCUAACAAGCAAAAUGCUUUGCGCUCUCGUCUUUUUAAGGAAUUAGCUCGACCGUUUAAAGUUGCUGUUGUCAGCCGUGGCCCUGAUACAGAGUUGCUGGUUGCAAACCCAGUGGAGCUCUCUGGAAGGGGAAGGCCUCAUGUCUUUUACGAUGUUACUCUUGCUCUCAAAAUGCUGAACUUAUGCAUCUUUUCGGCAGAAAUCGGGAGGCACGUUAUUGAACAUCGAGAAUGUGAAGUGUACCGGUUCUUGCUGCAGGAAGGGGAAUGCUUAUCAGUUCCGAGAAAGAAAAUCGAAGAAAUGGUAUGGAACACCUUAAUGGGUUGGGAGUGACAUCUUUUUUGACGGGUGGGCUGGGUGCGGUAUGUCUCAGGGUCUGUACAGUACACGAGUAGAGAGCUAGAGCUAUAUUUUGCUUGUAAAUUUCUGAGUUCUGACUUAAUGUACAGUAAUUAGUAUCUUACGAAGCUUAUCUAGCAGCGAGGUAGAGAGCUAGGGAUGGAUGAAGGAAACAAGAGAGAAACUGUUAUCGAGGGAGGCGUGAAUGGAAGAUGUAGUGCCAUUUUGUAGUUCGUUUCUUAAUCUUCUCUUUGGAAGAGGGAGAUAGAAAGGAUCUUGACCAAAGGCAUGCAUCCAGCUAAGUGCUAACUAAUAGUCAAUAGACUAUGGUUUUGCUUGUACAUUGUUUUGUUGUGCAUGCAAUCUAUGAGAAAAAUUAUAUUCCUUACAUGUUCUAUUGUCA